CGGGCGCCUCUCGAGUUCCAGCUCAUCUCGCCUCUCCUCUCCGGCCGCCCCCUCCUUAUAAUCGAAGUCCAAACAAACCCCCACGCUUCCUCCCCAUCCAAAACCCUCACCGAAAUCUGAGAUCUAUCUCGGACUCCCGGCGCGGCGCGAAGCCCUAGCGUAGGGAAUCGCUCCAUGGCGAUCAUCUCCGACUUCCAGGACGACGAGGCCCCGCCGCGGCAGCAGCAGCAAGCGGCGGCGGACGUCGAGGAGGCCCUCGCGGCGCUGCUGGAGCGGUGCGGCGGCGCCUUGCCGUUCCUCCAGGCGGCCAUCGGCGUCGCGCACCGCCGGUCCGGCCUGUUCCGCGACCCGUCCGCGGUGACCAAGGUCACCGCGAUGGCGGCGGCCGCUAGGGCGGAGGUGGAGGCCGAGGAGAGGGCGGCCAGGGAGGCUAAGCGGAAGGCGGAGGAGGCCGAGCGGAAGGCGGCGGCCGAGGCGGAGAAGGCGGCCAAGGCCGCGGCGGCUCCGGCGGCGGAGGGGAAGCCGGAGAGCUCGGCGGAGAAGGACAGCAUGGAGGUGGAUAAGAAGGAGGAGGGCAACGUGAGACAACCAAAUGCUGGCAAUGGUCUUGACUUGGAGAAGUACUCGUGGACUCAACAGUUGCCAGAGGUUAACAUCUCGGUUCCUGUUCCUGAAGGAACAAAAUCAAGAUUUGUGGUCUGCGAUAUAAAGAAGAACCAUCUGAAGGUUGGCCUAAAGGGCCAGCCCCCUAUCAUUGAUGGUGAGCUCUAUAAGCCAGUUAAGGUUGAUGACUGCUUCUGGAGCAUAGAGGAUGGAAAAUCACUGAAUAUAUUGCUUACAAAACACAACCAAAUGGAGUGGUGGAAGUCUGUGAUAAAGGGGGACCCUGAAGUUGAUACCCAAAAGGUGGAACCAGAGAGCAGCAAACUUUCUGAUUUGGAUCCAGAGACUAGACAAACUGUGGAAAAGAUGAUGUUUGACCAACGUCAGAAGCAGAUGGGCCUUCCAACAAGUGAUGAGAUGCAGAAGCAAGAACUUCUCAAGAAGUUCAUGGCUGAGCACCCGGAGAUGGACUUCUCAGGGGCGAAAAUAGCUUGAGGAUGAUCGAAGCCAAACCACCGGAGGUUGGGGAAAUUGUUUCUACAAGUAUCUUCAUCAGGUUGUCUGGGUGUCUUGCUCGUGUUUAUGCUGGAUUGGUCCUUUUGCCGCGCUUUAGAAAUAUACAUUAGAACCAUGACUUGUAUCCUGAACCUAUCUACUGGGUUAUCAAUUUUUGCAUGAAGUAACGUGCUGCUCUCUUGCCUCUA